UGUUGUUUUUUUGUUUGAUUAGCCUCUAAUACGUUCUUGUCACUGUCACUUUUUUCUACGUGAUAGACGUGUUGGAAUGGUAGCGUGUGUGGUGUGACAGUGAUCUGAGGCAAAGAUUUUUAUGCUAUGGGGUCUUGUGCGUCAAAGACUGAUGAUGAUGGGUGUGUAAGAGGGAGGUUGAGGUUUUCCAAGAAGAAAACUAUGAAGCAAAGAUAUGGACUCAGAAGAAGAGUGUCUUCUCAGUGUUCCAAUGGAUCAUUGGACGAGGUUGAUAAUAUGCCUGAGCCUGCCUUGUCUGAUCGAUCCUUUGCCAACCCCACUUUUCAAGGAACUAUUGAGGAGGCAUGGUUUGAUUCAGCUGCAGUAUUUGACUCAGACUGUGAUGAUGACUACCAGAGUGUUAAUGAUGAUGUGAUAUCUCUGAAUGGAACUGAAACCAAUUGUGGAGUUUCAACUGAUCAGAUGCAUAAACCCGGGGAGCUAUCAAAACGACAUUCUGCACAUAUCUCCGAGAGUGUCAGAAAUUCAGAUGCUGAGUUUUUUGAUAUAGAUGCCACAAAUUCUCAAUGUAAACGCAGUGGAAGAUUAAAUGAAGCAAACGAACCUGUUUUUCUUGAUGAAUUUUCCUCAGUGGAUGCAGGCUCGAAAUGGGAUGAUGGAGAUUUGCACAACUGUGGGAUUCUUCCAUGCAAUUGCUUGUCAUGUCUUUCAUCUACUGAUCAGAGAUCAUUAUGCUUUAGUCCUCCUAAUAGUACAAGGAAGAAGGAUCUUAUGAAACAUUCCUUUAAAGGGAGUGGGAAUGCUACACUAUUUUCCUCAAAGACAAUUCUACAAAGACCACUCGCUGGUUCUCAGGUACCCUUUUGUCCAAUUGAGAAGAAAAUGCUUGAUUGUUGGUCACGCAUUGACCCCCGCACUUUUAAAGUACGAGGACCAAAUUAUUUAAAGGACAAGAAGAAAGAAUUUGCUUCAAACCAUGCUGCAUAUUACCCAUUUGGUGUUGAUGUAUUCUUAUCGCCACAGAAAAUAGACCAUAUAGCUCGGUUUGUGGAACUUCCUGUGAUGAGCUCUUCAGGGAAACUUCCACCCAUACUAGUAGUGAAUGUUCAGAUUCCUAUUUACCCUGCCACACUUUUUCAAGGUGAAACCAAUGGGGAGGGAGUGAGUUUUGUGUUAUACUUUAAACUUUCUGAUAGUUACUCCAAGGAUCUUCCACUGAAUUUUCAAGAAAACAUUAGAAGGUUGAUGGACGAUGAAGUUGAAAAGGUAAAGAGUUUUCGUGGAGAUACAAUUGUUCCCUUCAGAGAAAGGUUGAAAAUUUUAGGUCGUGUUGUCAACCCACAAGAUCUUCAUUUGAGUGCAGCAGAACGGAAGUUAAUGCAGACAUACAAUGAGAAACCCCUUCUUUCACGUCCCCAACAUGAGUUUUACUCGGGAGAAAAUUACUAUGAGAUUGAUUUGGACAUGCAUAGAUUCAGUUAUAUCUCCAGGAAAGGUUUCGAUAUGUUCUUGGAUAGAUUAAAGAUCUGCAUUCUAGAUGUUGGUCUCACUAUUCAGGGGAACAAAGCAGAGGAGCUGCCAGAGCAAGUUUUAUGUUGUAUUAGGCUAAACAGCAUUGAUUAUAUGAAUUACCAGCAACUGGGGAUAACUGAGGAACCCCUCUAAUAAUAUACUAGCAAAAAAUUUGUUAUUUAAUUUUAUGAUCAAUAAUGGGUUUCAGUCUUUUUUGUUACUGUUUA